AAAACUUCCAGAUAUGUUCCCAUCCAGCUACCAGGAGGAGUGGAUUUCCCCAUCAAGAUACGUAGCUUUAGUAUGGCAGCAGAUGUGUUAACAGAGUUCUGUAAAGAGAUGGGCAUCUCAAAUCUCACAGAAAUUAAAGAGUUCUCCAUCCUUGCCAACAAACAUCAUGAUGGGAUGGUGCGUCCCCUCCACGCCGAGGAGUAUCUGUUCGACUUCAUGCUGGACGACGGCUCCAUCUUCUUUUCCCUGAGACGCCUGAUGUGGAGGAACCCUCUGUCCUACAACAGCGACCUCUAUGUGGAGUUCCACUACCAGCAGCUGCUGGCCGACUACCUCGGUGGGCGGCUGAUGCUUGCCCCGGCUGCCGGCGGCUCCUCGUCAGUCCAGCAGAUAGCGGAGCUGUCGGCCCUGCAGCACCUGGCUCAGGGUCAGAGGGAUCAGCUCUCACUGCCAGAGAUGAAGGAGUACCUGCCUUCACAGCCCGGACUGAGCAGCACAGCUGAAGACAUCCACUCCUUCUGUCUGGGCCAGAUAGCUGCAAUGCACUCCCUCAGUCCUCAAGACGCCAAAAUACAAUUCAUUGAGAUUCUGAGCACCAUGCCUCUGUUUGGCUCCAACACUUUCUUGGCUCAGAAGGUCAGUCAGCGUGGCUGUCCCUCCCCGUGCAUGGUCAGCAUCAGCCAGGAGGGGGUGCUGUUCCUCCACCCCAAAACACAGGAGCGAGCGUUUCUGAUUCCUCUGGCAGAUGUGCAGUCCAUGCGCACCAUUCGCCCCAAGAAACAGGGCAAAGUGCCAGCUGUGGACAUCAAUUACAGCAAUCCGGGCCGAAUCAAAACCGUCACCGUUCAUCUCAGACAGGCUAAGGAGCUGUGCCACACCCUUGCUCUGAUAAUGGAAGAGUUGAUCCGACCGUCAGUCAGCAGCUCCAUUUCAAAUCGCCAGUAGACAGAAACACACACACACACACACACACACACACACACACACACACACAGUAUUGAGAGUUGUUGUUAAUCACUGACUUUUUGUGUUUAUCCUUUUUUGUUAAUUUAUCUUUCUUUUUUCUUUCUGUGUAACUUAAUGGACAUGUGUGUCAUUGAUGAAAUGGACUAGAUUAUAAACUAUUGAUGAAGGAAGUGACACAUGCACUGCUGCGAUCAGACAACACCAGAGGACUACGGGAGUAUUAGAGUAAUUCAGUAAUUCAGCCAUUAUUGCAUUAAUAAACCCAACGUCUUAAAAAGAAUUUAGAGUUUAUUUGUUGAAACGCAGGGUUCGUUAAUCAUCACUGGAAGUUAAUGUUGUGACGAUGUCAUGUAAUACAAGUGGGGCAUUAAAGAA